AUGGCUUCAGCACCGGAACGUCUCCGGUUAAAAGACAGAAUCAUAGCUAGUGUCGCAAAGUCUGUCAAGUCGAUUCAGGAAUACCAGGUGGCAUGUGGCUGUGGAGAAGACCCUGUCUAUCUCACCAAUACUGACCGCCCUUGUCAGCGACUCACAGAAAACUUUGAUCAUGUUUUCCUUCAUGGACUGAGACACAUUAACUAUGGUUACUGGAAAGUUGUGAAGGAGUUUACCAGGAAGGAUGCUGUCAAAGAGAUCAGUCGUCUCCGUAACAUCACAACAGACCUAGGACGAGGGAGGGCAUGGCUGAUGAUGACCUUGAAUGAAUGUGUCCUAGAAAGUUACAUUCGAUGUUACCUUGACAAUAAGAAGCUUGUGAAGAAACAUUACGUACGCGAGGCUUUUGUCCUUGAUGAUCAGAGGAUGAAUGUUUUACUUACACUGACCUCAGGAUUGGAGCAUGCCAUUUUCCAGUUGGACAUUGAUGUGCCCUAUCUUGAUCUUGGUACCUACCCACCGGGCAGUCGGUCAAGGACAAGUUCAGCCAACUCAGCAGGACAGGAUGAUGACCAUGUGUCUCUGUGUAGUAUGGACAGCUUCACAGCUUCAGUUUCUCCCCGGGGACGUAAUAUGUCAUUCACUGCUGCAGUGGAAUAUAAAGGUACAAAUUCUACUGAGAGUGACACACAUAGUCAAAACAGUGAAGAGACAUGUCAGUCAAAGGCCGGGUCUGUAGACUCUGGGAUAUUGGUGAGUGAUCGGGAUAAUCAUGUUGACUCCAAAAGGUCACAAAGUUUCUAUAGAGUUCAUGAUCGAGAACUCUCAUUGGAGGAACAGGAAGAAGAGUUGAAGGUUAUCCGUGUUUCUGCAGGUAAAAAAAAGAAAAAAUCAUCAAAAAAAGGACAUAUGAAAGUUCACAAAGAGAAAGUACAUCCUGAAGAUGUGUCUGUCCAACAAUCGCCAGAUACCAAAAGUAUACCACAGAAUUCAUGGUCAUCACGGGAACCAAGCUUGUCAGAUAUUCUUGAUUUUGAUAAUAGUGAUUAUAGCAAUCUCCCAGACCGCUCACCCGGGGAUGGUAUGGAGAGCAGUCAAGAAUCGUUUGAUGCGAACCUUGUUCAUCGAGGUAACGACAAAUCUAAGGUGAUGGAAAACUACAAUAUUGCAUUUGUGGACAUGAGUAAAGAGGAUUGUGAUUACAAUAUUUAUAAACACACUCAAAUACAAAACUCACAAUCAGACUUCUUUAAUGUUUAUAAAGAUUCUCAAAAUGCUCGCAGGACUUCUAUAGAACAACAGGCAUUAGAUUUAGCUGCAAGUUCAAAAUCUGGUGAAAUAAAAAAUGGAGUUAUGUCCCUUGCUAAUGAUUUACCUGUGAAAAAUGAUGUGUUUGAGGAGAGAGCUGAAACUGAAGCCAGUGUUGACGAACCAGAUGAUACUGAGGGAAAGUGUUUACAAUGGCAAAAAGAAGCCUCGCAAGUCUGUGAAGACACAAGUGGAAUUGAAAAUGUUAGCAAACAGACAGAGGAUUACAGUGUGAGAGUUUCAAACAGUGAUACUGAUAAACACUCAUUGAAUUGCAGCACUGAAACAUCAUCUCAUGACAAGUCAAACAUUGUUGGGAAAAGUGCAAUAAAUUCCUCGUCAACCAAUCAGAAAUCAGCAACAUCAGAAAUGGAGGAUCGUGUGAAUGACAUGAUUAACCAAACUAAUACUCAUCUCCACCGUGGCAUGUUCGAAGAAGAGCCGGAGGACAUUGAUAUUGAAAAUGGAAAUGUUUUGGUGGAUGAAGAAGAAACUGUGGCUGGGGAAGUAAGAUUGAACAACAACACACAGCUCUACUUGAUGUUGGAUGUGUUCGACGAUUCAGAUGAAGAGUUCAUCAAGGCAUUUGCCACACGGACGGGUCACACAGAAGGAGAAGCUAAGACUCUGUUCUUGUUGGUAACUAACCGCGCCCUCCACCUACUGUCGCAGACCCAGAGUGACCAUCGUUUUGUGAAGGACUCAUCAGUCUCUUAUCAACAACUGGACUAUAUUUCUCUAAGUCUGUCGGAUCAGGUGAUCCAGAUUGUAUGUCUUAACCGACGUAAACAGUAUUGGAUCACAACAGGAAGUCAGCUCAUUACUAGGGCUAUUGUGGGUUGUCUAAGCCAGGCCAUAGACAGGGGUGAUUUUGAUGUACCCAAGGUUUCUGUAUUAACUGAUGCCACAACACAAAAGAUAGCCCUAAAGAAAUAUGCUGCAGAAGAAUGCAAAUGUGACGUACCUGAUGUUGAAAUCUGCUGUUACUCACUUGUACACUGGGAUGACCCAACAGCAAAGGGGAAUAAUUCUGACAAUACAUACAGAGAAGGCCACCUUCUGUACAAGAUCAAUGAGGCAGGAGCGUCACUUGGUAGCACACUCCUAAGUACCGUUCAGGAUCCCACUACCCUCAUCUAUGGGACAACGUGGAAACCAGCCUAUGUAGUCCUCAAAGAUGGUAUGCUGUGUUUGUAUGCAAGCAAGGCAGUCAGCAAGCCACUUCACUUUAUCCAGCUUGGUGGAGAUGACUGUACAGGAUGUCGGCGUGCCUCUAAUACUGACCGCGACAACUGUAUACAAAUCAUCAUGGCAAAUGGCACGACCUGGCAGAUCGCCUUGGCAACAGAUAUUGAGGCUAAUGAAUGGUUACAGAGUCUCUGUAGGGCUGUAGCACAGGGAUUUGAGAAUACCUCAAAGGCUAUGAGUUGUCUCCCUUGCUGCCUGGUGUUGACCCCUCAGAAAUUAUUGAUGUGUCAUGAAGAUGUCCAGACCAGUUUCUUCAGGACGCUAGGUAGUGCCAACUUGCUGGACAUUACCAACGUACUGACCGACCCAGCAGUCAGCAGCUAUUGUGUCCUGGAGUUUGAGGCACAUGCUCAAGGGGCUAGUGCUGACCAGUGGGUGCUGUAUUUCAAUGAAGGCCCAGAAACUGAACGCUUCAUGCAGGCCUUGUCUUCAGCCUGGUCAGCUCACUAUCAGGUUGGCGUACCAGAAGAGUCCAUUACUGAUGUAUCACUUCAGAAAAGUUGCCGGGACAUGGUCAAAAGGCUAAGGUCAUCUUUGGAGGUCAAGCAGUGA